AGUACAUUCCUGUAUGCAGGUUUCCAUAGAGUUAAACUGUUCCUAUUUUUUUUCCUUAAAGAGGUCAGCAAAAAGUCGUACAAUAGGGGUCUCGUGUUCAUGAACUGUGAAGGAAUUUUUAAAAAUUUCCCAUGGCGGGUUUGGUGUGCAGCAAAAAAGGAAACUUGGGGAAAAAGAUAAAUAAAGCAAGUGAGGGGCUUCGGGGUAAUUUGCAAAGACAUAUUGCCUUCCAUAUCCUAAACUAAAACAUGUUAUUGCUUCUCCUGUCGCUGCACGUUUCUUUCCCCUCUCUUUUAAUAACAAAAAUGUUAUAUUUAAGCUUUAAUUGCUUCAGUCCUACUAAGCUGGUUCUUUUAAAAUGAACUAUUGUAUAUAUUUCCGUGGCAUCGGGAAAUCCCUCUGACUGUAGGUUCAUAUUAUUUAGACAAGCCCUCUUUCAGAAGUAAAUGCCAUUCUUAGCAUAGGGAAGUACUUUAGGUCUAAAGGGGUUAAGAAGGCCUCCUUCCAUUCAGAAACAUGCAGGGGUCCCACCGUGGCAGUUCCAGCCUUUAAAACUCUUUCCAGCUUUUUUUCCCUUCCCUACUAACAAAUCUGUACGACUGCCACCAGGACAUAAGAAGCGUGUGCCUGUCACAGAAAUAGAGUUUACUUUUUCCAACUUCUUGUUGCGAGGCAGGGUAUAAAUACAGCCAACUCUGGCUUGGACGAAGAGCCUUUCGCUUAAAAUAAGGGGAUACUUCUAAGACUUUUAAUCCAACGAGGUCCAGAACAGACUGCAUCACCGGCACCAAAGUGGAAAAGAAGUCUGGGAGAGCUGAAAGAAAGCAGGUGUAGAUGGCUCCUUUGUUUUAACUUCUUUUAAAAAAUUCAGGCGGUGAGUCACACCCAGACGUGGCCUCCCAUCUAAUUGUUGAUUUUAAUUUUUUUCAAAAAAAUAAUCCCCCUCUGGAGCUAUUCUGAAAUGACCUUUUUCAAACUUUUCACACGAUGGAUAUGGAUAUGGAUACUGUCAGGGGAAAGCCUUAUCCUUUUACUUCUCGAGUUUCCUUUCAAAGGUACUGCCUUGCCUCCGAUUCGGUAUUCUCAUGCUGGGAUAUGUCCAAAUGAUAUGAAUCCCAACCUCUGGGUGGAUGCCCAGAGCACCUGCAGGAGGGAGUGCGAAACUGACCUGGAAUGUGAGACCUUUGAAAAGUGCUGUCCAAAUGUCUGUGGGACAAGGAGCUGUGUGGCAGCCCGAUACAUGGAUGUCAGAGGAAAGAAAGGACCUGUGGGGAUGCCGAAAGAGGCUACAUGUGACCGCUUCAUGUGCAUCCAACAAGGUUCUGAAUGUGAUAUCUGGGAUGGGCAACCUGUUUGCAAAUGCAAAGACAGAUGUGAAAAAGAGCCAAGUUUUACAUGCGCAUCAGAUGGACUCACUUAUUACAACAAGUGUUACAUGGAUGCAGAAGCAUGCACCAAAGGCAUUACCCUCAAUGUGGUGACGUGUCGCUAUCAUCUCACCUGGCCAAAUACCAGCCCUAUUCCUUCAGAGACGACUGCUCAUCCCACCACUGCCUAUUUAGAGACAACCAUCACUGACAUCCUUCCACCUGUACUUGUCAACAACCCAGCCCACCAAUCUGUCUACGUAGGAGAGACUGUCAGCUUUCUAUGCGAUGUUGCUGGUCGGCCUAAACCAGAAAUCACCUGGGAGAAGGAGACUGAGAAAAAUGAGAAAAUCAUUAUGAGGCCCAACCAUGUCCGUGGGAACAUUGUGGUCACUAACAUUGCACAGUUAGUGAUCUACAACACACAGCUGCAAGAUGCGGGCAUCUAUACCUGCAUGGCCAAAAAUGUGGGUGGCAUUCUCAGGGCAGAUUUCCCACUCUCAGUUCUCAAAGGGGAGGCUACCUCUAUGGAAACAGCUCAGAACAAAACGCACUUUCCAACCGACGAGUGCCUCAAGCAACCUGACAGUGAAGACUGCGGAGAGGAGCAAACCCGAUGGUAUUAUGAUGCCAAGAAAAACAACUGCUUCACUUUCAUCUAUGGAAACUGUAACAGCAACCUGAAUCACUUUGAGACCUAUGAAAACUGCAUGUUGACUUGCAUGAAUGGCCCCAUCAAUGUCUGCAACCUGCCAGCCCUCCAAGGUCACUGCAAAGCCUAUGAGCCCCGGUGGGCCUACAACAGCUUGACGAAACAAUGCCAGUCUUUCAUUUAUGGAGGUUGCGGAGGCAACGAGAAUAACUUUGAGAGCAAAGAGGCCUGUGAAGAAAUGUGCCCUUUCCCUAGGAACAUGCACUGCAAAGCUUGCAAGGCUUGCAGGCCACGCCAAAAGCUGGUGACCAGCUUCUGCAAAAGUGAUUUUGUUAUCCUGGGUCGGGUGACCGAAUUGACGGAGGACCAGGACUCAGGACAUGCGUUGGUGACUGUGGAGGAGAUCCUAAAGGAUGAGAAAAUGGGACUUAAAUUCCUGGGCAGGGAGCCUCUAGAAAUUACUCUCUUGAACAUGAACUGGAGCUGCCCUUGCCCCAACAUAACUGCAGCUGAUGGUCAGCUCAUCAUAAUGGGCGAUGUCCACAAUGGAAUGGCUGUUCUGCAGCCAGACAGCUUUGUGGGGGCCUCUAGCAUCCGGCGGGUGCGGAAGCUGCGCGAGGUCAUCCACAAGAAAACCUGCGAGCUACUAAAAGAGUUCUUAGGACUACACUAAUAUCCUCUUUUCAGCUUUCCAGGUCUGUGUUAUUAUAUAGUGCUAACAAAAGGUAGUCUAGCCUAGAAAAAUUGAGAGGCAAAACUGUUUGCCGAUAGAUGUUAUGCGUUAUUACACAGAAGCCAUAUAUUAACUCAUUAAUUAUGUGUAGUAAUGAGGCAGAAGCCUUUUUGGAAAGCACUUAAAAUAGAAGCAAACAGCUAUUAGUCUUUAGAUUUCAAUCCUUCUAUUUGCUUAGAAAUGCCAUCUGACAAUCAUCACAUAAUACAAAUGCAGUUUUCUCCAUAAAAGACCAAAUUCAUAGCUUUCUAUCUGGUUCAGAGCUAAAUCACAUACACUAUCAUUCUAAUGAUAAUUGCUGUCAUUUGGCAUACAGAGACAUUUGUAAAAACAGCUGAAAUGUCUAAUAUUCAUAAGCAGGUUGCAAGAGAAGAAGGUGUAAAUUAUUCCAUAUGUUCACAAUAAUGAUGUCAGUUAUACCACUCCAUCACAAAAUCUGUUUUUAUAUUACUGCUGUUGUAUGCUUUCAAGUCAUUUCUGACAUAUGUUGACUCUAAGAUGAAGGUAUCAUGGGAUUUUCUUGGUGCAAUUUGUUCACAGGCGGCUUGUCAUUGGCUUUCUCUGAGGCUGAAAUAAUGUGAUUUCCCAAGGUCAUUCAGUGGGUUUCUAUGACAGAACAAGGAUUUUAAUGCUAGUCUCCCAGUGUCCAUCUCCCAGUCUCCACCCAUAACUGGCCUAUCACUUGCUGUCGUUCAGUGGCAGAGAGUAUGCACUGACCAAAAUCCUGUACGAAGGCACAUCCACGUAAAACCACAACUCACUAUGUGAUGGGGAAAAAAUACCUCUGCCGCCCCCAGCAGCAUCAGUAAAAGCAAGCACUGGAACAGAUGUUCUGAUUUGGUGGAAGAUAGCUCCUCUAUGUCAACCAUCGAAUGUGAAGCUCUUUGUUGGAAAAGAAAAAAGACCUGAAAUCCUGGAGAAUCGUUUAUAUCUGAAAAUUCAUUAUAACAAGCCAAAUUCCUUAGGGUAAUUUUUUUAGAAAAACAGCAACAACAGCCCCCGUCGAAACAUUAAUCAUACAUGACACAAGGGCAGAUUAUUAAUUGACAUUCACAAAUAUUGCCAUUUCUUUAUAGGCCUACAUUUCACUCUUUCAAGUGGUAAAUGGUUAGGUCUGGGCUCCAAGGAGGAGACAACAAAGAAAAACAACCAUGCGAUUCAGCUUCAUAAUGGUUCAAAAUAACAGUUGAACAUACUUAGAUAAAAAGACAUAAAGUGGGAAGCAUCCAGUAAAAUGGAUGCUGAAAGGAAAGACAUAGUUUCAGAUGCUGGAAGAUUAUAUUUGUCUGCUGAAAGUCAUAGUUUGUUUCAACCUGGGGAUACUCUAAACUUUAGAUAAUAUUCUUGUAUAGUCCUGAUGAAGGCCUUUGAAAAAUCAAUAACUAACAUCAUUGGCUUUUUAGCUAAUACACAUAAUCUGCCAUCAUCUUGAAACACAUCUCAUUCUUUUGCAGAUCACAUACUUAGGCAUCAACUUGUAAUAUGAGGCAGGUAGCAGUGAGGAGAUAUACUGUCUUUCCAAUUUGCAUGACAGUUGGCUAUAUAGGACAUGGCUAUAUUAUUAUUUCAACCUCCCCCCCCCCAAACAGACACACAUACACACUUAUCAAAACGUCAAUUUUUCAAAAGCAGUAUGUGUGUAAUAAAAUGGGGCCAUUUUAUUACAAUCUGUCUGCCCUCAGGGUCCCAGUGGCAGAAAAUUGGCUCCUCGGCCAGCUGUAGUAGCCUACAAAGAGUGAGGCAACUGCCUUAAGUAGUAGGUGAAUUGAUAUUGUGACAUCUAAGAAUAACAGUCUAGAAGAACACCAAAUAUGUCAAGUGCAGGUAUAUAAAAGUCCAAUCAAACCUAUUUCAAAAGUUGACCUCUGCUAGUAUUUAGAAAUUGAAGACUAGACACUUUUGCUCAGCCACAAGUGACUGCUUAUGAGGAGAAAUCCAAUCUAUUACAUGCCUUAGAGCAGUGGUUCUCAGCCUGUGGGUCCCCAGGCAUUUUGGCCUACAACUCCCAGAAAUCCCAGCCAAUUUACCAGCUUUUAGUAUUUCUGGGAGCUGAAGACUAAAACAUCUGGGGACCCACAGGUUGAGAACCACUGUCUUAGAAAGUCAUGUUGUGAUUUGGAGACAGUGGAGACAAACUGGGAUGCAGGCAUUUUCCUACAGUGAUCUCUGUUACGUCAUGGAUGAGGCAGCAGAAGGAUGGAAAAACUGUUUGUGUUCCAGAUGUGGAACUGAAAGUGUCUAGAAAGGUACCUUGUAUUUGUAUUUUGUGUGCAAGAAUACUCAAAGUUCUGCAUAAAAAAAAUAAAGUAAGACCAAUUAAAUGCA